GUCCAAUCACACCUGGCGUUGUUUGGAGGUCGCUUGUUGACAAGGGGAGAAGGUGACUUCUCAGCCAGCGGAGUAGCGUCUAAUCUAGGUCUUUACAGAGUCUCAGAAACGCUGGAUUUUUGAUAGAAAAGCAGCCAUGUCUUCAUUUGGGAGGGCACUGGGAGUCCUUCGGACCGGAGCGCGACUGCUGCGACGCGAACCCGCGAGAAUAACGAGCAGAAAGGCGAGUGGCGGACCGCACAUUGAGCCACAGUACAGACAAUACCCGCAGCUGACGAAGAAGCAGAAGUUUGAGUCGGAGCUUAUCAGUGGUGUCAUGUGGUUCUGGAUCCUUUGGCACUGCUGGCAUGACCCUGAUGCGGUUCUGGGUCACUUCCCUUGGCCGGAUACUUCUGAAUGGACAGAUGAGGAGCUCGGUAUCCCUCCAGAUGACGAGGAAUAAGGUCACCACAAGGGAUGUGGUUUGCUGGGCGAGUCUUCGGGCUGUUCUGAAAGUCAUUGUUGUACAUAGACUUAAUAAAGUUAUCUUUAAAUUAAAACAG